AUGGGACAAUUGCUUUCACACCCGAUCCAAGAAAAGGACCUCCUGCUAGUCCCCCACCAAUCCCUCACUUGCACCAUUGGUUCCAUGCAGGGAUAUCGUAUGACCAUGGAAGAUGCACAUAAAGUAAAGGUAAAUGAGGACGAAACGUUGGCACUCUUUAGCGUGUUUGACGGGCAUGGCGGGAGGUCAGCAGCAGACUAUGUGUGCGACCAUUUACCGACAUUGAUAUUUAAGAAGCUUAACGAACAGAGACGAAAAGUGGUGUUGAAGGAUGGGGGCCCGCUGCAGCUCUCUAGUUACCUAUCCAUAAUCAGAGACUCCUUUUUCCAAGUCGAUCAUGAUCUUGCCAACAAGGACUCCACACAUUGCGGCACCACCGCGAUUGUCACAGCCAUGGUGGAACUGAAGUACAUCAUUGUAGCCAACACUGGAGACUCACGCUGCAUAUUAUCGUUACCUGGGGGAAAUUCCAAGACGCUAUCAUACGACCACAAGCCUUGUAACAUGGGAGAAAGAGUUCGAAUUGAGAAUGCGGGUGGGUACGUUAUAAACAACCGUGUCAAUGAAAUAUUGGCUCUCUCACGAGCGUUUGGGGAUUUCAAGUUCAAGAUCCCCUAUGUGGAGCCUUCCCGGGACUAUUACUAUAACGAUACCAACAAAAAACUAUUCAAAAAUGGAUUGGUCAACAUCCCACCAGAAUUGAACCAGGUUACGGUAGAGCCGGACUUAUUGGUGUAUGACUGCGAAAAGCUACCAUUACCGGAGUUCAUCAUAUUGGCGUGUGACGGGAUUUGGGACUGUUACACUAAUAAGGAAUUGAUUCAAGUGAUAAGAAAUAAAUUAGCAUUGGGUAUGCUGUUGAUGCACAUAACAGAGGUGGUAUUGAAUAAUUGCAUUGAAAUGGCCAACAACAUCACGGGGAUAGGGUUUGAUAAUAUGACGAUUAUAAUAGUGGCUAUACACCCGAAUGGGAACAUAGACGAAUGGCAUGAAAUGAUGAAGGAAAGGAUAUUGAAGGAGAAGAAUAUUACUUGA